ACCGAACGCGCGCCCAACAUUGCACAUCUUCUUUCUCUUCCCUCUACACCCCUCACAUUCCUAUUAUCCGCAAUUAUGGUUGUCGAAACAGCAUACUAUGACGCUCUCGGCGUACCGCCCACAGCCAGCGAGCUCGAAAUUAAAAAGGCAUACCGCAAGCUCGCUAUCAAACUGCACCCGGACAAGAACCCCGGCGAUGAGACGGCGCAUGCGAAGUUCCAGCAAAUUGGCGAGGCAUACCAGAUACUCAGCGACGACCAGCUGCGAGCAGCAUACGACAAGUAUGGCAAAGAAGGCGCUAUGCCGAGCAGUGGAUUUGAGGAUCCUUCCGAGUUCUUCACCAUGAUCUUUGGUGGAGAGGCUUUCGUAGAUUGGAUUGGCGAGAUCUCUUUAAUGAAAGACUUGACCAAAACCAUGGAGAUCUCCAUGCGCGAAAUGGAGGAAGAACAAGCUGCCCAGGUUCAGGCAGAGCAAGCCGAAGCAUCGAGCGCUGCUGCAGCAGACAAAACGACUGGGAUUGCCGGGGCUUCCCCUCCUACAGCUGCCCCUCCGACCGCUGCCCCCGAGACAGCGACCCCGAGUGCUGCCGCCAAAGCCAAAGAGGCUGAAGCCGAAGCCGAGCGCGCAAAAGUACAUGAGGCAGACGUACCUCCUGCGUAUGGUGCACCGCCACCCUCUUAUGUCGAGACCCCCGCCGAGAAGUCCACUGCGCCUGACGCGGCAUCGCCCCCGUCUGGAAGCAGCACGCCGAAGACCCGCGGUAUACCGAUCCGACCUGCUAUCAUGGAUAGGUCGGAAGAAGAGGCACGUAUGGAGGCACAAGGCAUGACUGAUGCAGAGAAGGAGCUGCGGGAGAAGCAAAAGAAGAAGGCCGGUCUUACCAAGGAGCAGCGAGAAGAACUCGCAGCAUAUGAAAUGGAACGGAAGAAGAUCCGCGACGAGCGCGUCGCAAACCUCUCCAAGAAACUCAUUGACCGCAUAUCUGUAUGGACAGAAACAGAUAAAGCUUCCGACGUCACUGCUGCCUUCAAAGAGAAGAUCCACCUCGAAAUCGAGAACCUCAAGAUGGAGUCCUUUGGUCUUGAAAUCCUCCACGCCAUCGGCACAACAUACAUUAUGAAAGCAUCCUCCUUCCUCAAAUCCCAAAAAUUCCUCGGCAUCUCCGGCUUCUUCUCUCGUAUCAAAGACAAGGGAACACUCGUCAAGGAUACAUGGUCUACAAUGUCCGCGGCAAUUGAUGCGCAGCUGACCAUGGAAGAAAUGGCCAAGCUGGAAGAGCAAGGUGGCGAAGCGUGGACAGAUGAGAAGAAGGCCGAGUACGAGAAGAAGGUCACGGGCAAAAUCCUAGCGGCCGCGUGGAGAGGCAGCAAAUUUGAGAUUCAAAGUGUGCUGAGAGACGUGUGUGAUGCGGCGUUGAAUGAUAAGAAGGUUAAGCUAGAGAAGCGCGUGGAGAGGGCACAGGCGCUGAUUAUUGUUGGAGAGAUGUUCCAGAAGGCGGAGCGCGAUCCCGAGGAAGAAGGCGACUUCAUGGCCUUCGAACAGCUCAUGGCUGAGGCCGCAGCGAAGAAGGAGAACAAGCACGAGAAGCAUCAUCACGAUAAGAAGGAAAAGAAGAAGGAGAAGGAGAAGGCAUGAGACUAAACCCUCUCUACCCUCCCCUUUUCCUGCUUUCUUUUCAUUUCUUUUUCCUGAUAUCCAUAGAUUCCCAUUCCAGCAAAUCCGAGUCGGGGCGAGGUGGCAGUAGAAGCUAACGUCUAGUAUGUAGACCGAGGAGAGGGUCGAAGAAGUGGGUGCAGAGUGCUUUCUGUGAGGCUUUGGACUAGCAUAGCGCGGACUUUUGGUACAUAGACGGCGGGCUUGCGGACACGAGUGGCAGAAGAGAUGCCAUGCUGGCGAAGUUAGCGUGCAUAAUCAACUCCUCCUACGAUGACAGAUGGAAGAUUCAAGUGCACAUCAUACCUGGUGAGUCAGUGUGCCGAUCGACAGCGGGGCUUUAGUUGAUGUUUCGCUCGUCGAAGUGUAGCUCCGCAUAGUCUAAGCCAAAAAUGAAACUUCUACGUGAAGCG